AUGGGGAAGAUCACCUUCUACGAGGACCGCGGCUUCCAGGGCCGCUGCUACGAGUGCAGCACCGACUGCCCCAACCUGCAGACCUACUUCAGCCGCUGCAACUCCAUCCGCGUGGACAGCGGCUGCUGGAUGCUCUAUGAGCGCCCCAACUACCAGGGCUACCAGUACUUCCUGCGGCGCGGGGACUACCCCGACUACCAGCAGUGGAUGGGCCUCAGCGACUCCAUCCGCUCCUGCCGCCUCAUCCCCCAGCACUCUGGAACCUAUAGAAUGAGGAUCUAUGAGAGAGAUGAAUUCAGAGGACAGAUGUCAGAGAUCACAGAUGACUGUCUCUCCCUUCAAGACCGCUUCCACCUCAAUGAAAUCCACUCCCUCAAUGUGCUGGAAGGCUGCUGGGUCCUCUACGAGAUGCCCAGCUACAGGGGACGGCAGUACCUGCUGAGACCUGGGGAGUACAGGAGAUAUCUUGACUGGGGGGCUACAAAUGCCAAAGUUGGUUCUUUCAGACGAGUUAUGGACUUUUACUGA